UUGUCUGUAAUGGGUGUGUCUUCUGUAAUUUGAGAACCAUAUGACCAAUAGGAAGGGAAAAACAGACGACAGUACUUUUCUUCCGUCAAUUUUUGCCUAUUAAAAGGUCACGGUGUAAACAGAGCAACCCUCACAAUCCAACCAGCAGGCCGAAGUUCAACCGAUCGGAAACAACAAAAGAUCUUUUACCUAAAUUGUGUGAGAGACACCAGCAAAGAUGGCUGAGCAGUUGCAGAAGCUUGUAGCAGAUAAGAAGAAUGUGGUUGAGACGGUGAUGGAGGUGUUUGAACACGGUGCUGAGGUCGUAGCCAGCAUAGCAGGUGACCUCUUCCCUGUUUUUGCCAUCGCAGCACCACUUGUGAAGUUGGCCCUGGACAAUGUGGAGAGCAAAGAGGCUGAGUUCAUGAAACAGCAGUUCCAGAAAGUUCGUGAAAGUCUGGAGGUGAUCUCUGAGGAUAUCCAGCGAAUCAACGAGGAGAUCAAGAAAAGUGGCGCAGAUGCUGCCUACUUCUCAGUAGAGGAGAACAUCUCCAACCAGUUCCGUAAGUACAUGGACAUCCUUAAUGCCAAACCCAAGUUUCGCGAGGUGAAAAAGAAGCUUUUCCUGGAGCAUUUCGUCAAGACAGGAGGUGACAAAAACUUGCAUACGCUUUACAGUGCUGUUACCGGUGACAACUUUUCUGGGGAGUCAGUGCUGGAAAUCACUCUGAACUAUGAGAACAAAAGUCGAAGAGCAAUGGAAGACUUCUGUGCCCGGCUGAAAGAGCUCUUCUGUAUUGGCCUUAUUGCUCUAAUGGGCUACACAGCUCUCAAGGGAGUCGAUGAUGAGCAGGAACUUCUUCUUGACUGGGGCGAGAAGAUGAAGACAGUUCAGACGAAAAUGAACUCUGUCAUUGAGGAUUGCAUCGUCAGUUACCCGAAGCAGGCUGAAAUUGAUUCCCGCCGGCUGGUUAGGGACAAAUCUGACCUAACCAACCAGCAACUGGCAGAUGCCAUUGUGGACAUGCUAAAGACAAAGUAUGACUGGGUGCACUGGUCAGUUCGCAUAUUCAACACCCCCACAGGUCUGUUCGUAAACAAGAAGGAUUUCCAUUGCCCAACAGGGAAGAGCCGUUUUCAAGUGCCUACGUCGGACGAGAAGCUUAUCGUCAUGGUGUCCUACAGUGCUUCCCCAGAGCCUCUGGACAAAGCCUGCAUUCAAAAGCUGAUCCAGAGUCAGAAGAAACCCACUGUUGUGGGUAUAGCAGAGCUCCUGUUUGAGCAGUUGCCAGGUCAGUGUGUCGUCCACACUGUAAAGACCUCAAAAGACUUGGCCUAUGCUUGGAGCUUUGAUGAGGAGCUGCACUACUGGGAGGAACUCAAAAACUUUUAUGUGUGUGCUCACUCAGCUUGAGCUUCUCAAAACAUAACCAAUAGCCAAGGUUAUUCUCAGUAGACAUGCCAACAAUUUCCUCUUUUUUGGAGUUCUAUUCUUCAAUAUGUAACUUGAUGGUUGGUAGUUUUAAUGAUUUAUCAGAUGUUAUUGUGGAUGAUUUGACAAUGUACAAUGGAAACCUAAAUUAAUGAAAAUGAUUGUAUUAUAGGUUGAAUCAAAAAGGUUUGUCAUCACCAACUCACUACCCAAAAUAAUUUACCUGCUAUUCCCAUGAUAGAAGAACAGUGUUUCAGAAAGCAGUACCCUAGGUAAGAAAAUAUCAGAAUUAAUAUAAUAAAAACCAGGCAGCGCCUGGUUAUUUCCAUUUUCUAUUUUAUUCAUUAAGGAGACACUUCUAUUUAAAGUGACAUGCAAAUAGUUUUUUCCUUGUCAUUUUGUCCAAUUCUAGCUCUGAACCUGCGCCUGUCCUACAACUUGUCAUCUAUCGACCACAUAGGCAAGUUUAGACACAUGCACAGUGUCAGGGUAGCAGAAGGGCUUGUUUACUUUUGAACUCCUUACAUAGACACUACCCUGUCACAUCUUGUCUGUAGAAAUUGAUACAAAAUGUCGGAUAUAUCACCACUUCUUUUUACAAAGAAGAAUUUUAUAAUGUCAAUACUAUUGUUAUAAGGUGUCUUUUAACGGUGUCUUUAAUAAUGAACAAUGGAUAUUAUGUCUUUGCAAUAUUGCAUAGCUCAAGGAUACAAACCAAGGAUAACGUUGAAAAAAAGUUCAUACCAGCUCAUGUUAUACUAAUAUUGGUGCCAACUUUGCUCAUCAUCUUACUUUGAUGUAUUUGUUACAUAAAAUCAACAUUUAGUGUAACCUUUUAUACACCAUCUCUUUGGGGAUUUCUUUCUACAAAUAUUCAAGGUGUCUCAUAGGUGCUGUAACCUGUGAUCAGUAGAUUUUAUAACAAAAUAUCUUGGUUGUUUGAUUUCAAAUGAAUAAAUUAAUGAGCAUUGUUUGAAUAAAAACAUUUUGAAACUCA